AUGGCGCCUUCGAAACCCGACGCCAAAAAGACAAAUCCGGACAUCGCAAGACUCCUUGUUGAUGCGCAAACUCAACUCGAGGUCGGAAAAUUAGAAGAGGCUGCCACCCUUGCCCAGCAGGCUCUUGAUGCUACUGGCCAGGGCGGCGACUUUGAGCUCAGUGCUGCCAAUCUUCUAGGUACAAUUUUUGUCGAGUCUGGCGACAUUGACGAGGCGCGAGCCGCGUUUGAGCGCGCAGUCUUUCUUGACGAAGACGGUACCGCAGAUGAGAAGAUUGGUGGAGGUCCUGAGAAGUUCCUGCUACUUGCACAGCUUAGCGAGGAGGGUGGUCUCGACAGUGUACAAUGGUAUGAGCGAGGUGCUACCGCUCUUCGAAAGCAGAUCGCAGUUCUGAGCGAGCUUCGAUCGCCAACCCCUGAGCAAAGGACCGCCCUUCAAGAGAAGCAAAACAAGCUCGGAGGAGUCCUGUGCGCUGUGGCUGAGGUGUACAUGACCGAUCUGUCAUGGGAACCUGAUGCCGAGUCACGUUGCGAGACUCUUAUCACCGAGGCUAUGCUUCUUGCCCCUGCUGCGCCAGAGACAUGGCAAACAGUGGCCAAUGUUAGAAUCUCACAGAAUCGCGCCAACGAAGCCCAGACAGCUCUGCGUAGAAGUCUCGAGCUGUGGCAGAAACUCCCUCCUCAGCACCCUGAUGUUCCCGAAUUCCCCACCAGAAUUGCGCUUGCUCGUUUGUUGAUGGAGACCGAAUUAGAAGACGAGGCAUUGAGUGUGCUGGAGCGACUUGUUACUGAUGACGACACAAGUGUUGAGGCAUGGUACUUGGGUGGUUGGUGCCUAUAUAUCACAGGCGAAAAGCUCAAGACUACUGCCUCAAAGCCAUGGAACGACGAAGCAAAGGUCAGCGAGGAAUGGAAAGGAUCAUGGAAGUCAUCGCGUCAAUGGCUUAUGCAGUGCUUGAAACUGUAUCAACAGCAGGAUUACGAAGAUGAGCGCCUGGGUGAGCACGCCAAGGAAUUGCUAUCAGAGAUCAACAAGGAGCUUGGUGAACCAGUUGAUGGUGAGGAAGAUGACUGGGAGGAUGCCAGUGAUGGCGCAGAGGAAGACGCUGAAAUGCAAGGUUGA